AGGUUGUGCUUGAUCUUUUAUAAAUGUAAGGUUUAAAUAAUAAUGCUUAUCAACUUCAUUUUUCACAGUUUCUUUCAUUUACACGCUCGCGAUGUGUGGUAAUAAUUUAAUAUUUCAAAUCCUUCUAACAGCAAAAUAUCAAGUCACAGUGGGAAAAGUGUUCGGAUCAUUUUGUCCGAAAAUCAAACAUCAGAACUCGAGCAGUUGACGAUUGUUCUCGAGCAGUUAGUUUGCAAUUUGACGUUUCGCAAGAAAUCAACAGCAAGACGCGCUUCACGUCUAUUUUUAAGUUAAACCGAAAACAAAACAUUUGAUUCCCGGUAGUUACGUUGCAAUCCUGCUCGCAAGAAUAGAAACAGCGCAUCAUGCCAUCAGAACAGAUUCAAUACUCCGAGAAAUAUUACGACAAUGUGUACGAAUAUCGGCACGUAAUACUUCCUCCAGACUUGGCGAAAUUUGUUCCGAAAACCCAUUUGAUGACGGAAACAGAAUGGCGUAAUUUGGGUGUACAGCAAUCACCCGGCUGGGUCCUGUACAUGAUUCAUUCGCCCGAACCACAUGUGCUGCUGUUUCGACGUCCACGCACGGACACUGUAUCACAAUCUUGAAUUGUGGAUGAUUCUUCAUUAAGUUUAAUGAAAUGUUUAUGCGCUUAUAUUCAUAAGGACCGAUGGCAGUAAUGCAUCUACUGACGAACCAACUCUAGCCGAGAAUAAAACGGCGUUGAACUACAAAAAGAUGUUAUCGGACUCCCAUAACAAAUAAAUAAAUGUAAAUAUUAGGUUAAUUG